AUGGCUGCCACAUCCAUCAACACGAACUCUCCCUCACAGUCCGAACCUGCCUCGGAGAAGCUGAAGCAGAAGCAGAACCAUGCCUCUAGCCCUUCGAUCUCAUCCAAGCAGGAAGUGAAUGGCCUGGACAACCUGGAUCACCAACACUUCAAGGAGCUGCAGAGAAAUCUGCGCAAUGCUCUCAAGAAGCUGAACGCAACGGCUAAGGUCGAUGCCAUCCUUGCGGAGAACCCCGGCAAAUCGUUGGACGAACUCGUCGACGAGAAAAAAAUCAAUGUCGAUCAAAAGGCUCAGGCCUUGAAGAAGCCCGGUCUUCAGGCCACUGUGGCCCAGAUCGAGGAGCAGAUCGCUCAGUACAAAGACUUCGCUUCCCAUUACGAGGAACGGCUGGUCAGCCAGAAGGCGGAGCUGGAGAAGGCCCACAAGGAGCAGCUCGAAACUCUCCGGGAACAAGCGGCCACUGAGGCCUCAGAGACCAGCCAGAAGGAGCUCCGGCAGCGGCUGCUUAGCCUCAGCAAGUUCCUUUGCGCGGCCGCGACCGUGAGACGGUCUGGAGACGAGACUGCCAGCGAAAGCCGUGCGUUCGAAGGUGUCCUCUUCCAGGUUUACGGCGGCACCCAGGAGGCAGUCACGUCCAUGCUGAAGAUCAUCGAUGGCGCGGACGAGAAGGUCGUCGGCGUUGACGGCACUGAACUCGAAGUCACUUAUGCAAGGGUUAAGCAGGCUUCCGUUGAGCUUGCUCCCUCCUCCGGAGACGAAGCCCCCGAGGCGGCACCGGUGUCGGAUCCUACUGUGGCAAACGCCGGCUACACCGAGCUCCAGGAUACCUCCUACUCCACCGAUGCUGCUGUCGUGACCGACACCACCCCCACCGAUGCCGAAACCGAACCCGAGCAGGUCCCCCCUCCUUCUCAGACGUUGGUUGGGGACGGUGCUAACCCCGUGGCGGAGGCCAACUGGGAUGCCAACACCUCUGGCAUUUCCUCUGCCAACACGGAGGGCUGGAUUGAAGUCCCCCGGGACCCGGCUGAGACCGAAACGGGUCUUGAGGCAACCCCCGCGGCGGUCGAGGUGGAGGUCAAGACUGCGGUGGAGACAACCGAUGCGAGCGGGGAGAAUGCGACCGUGCCCAAGCCGGCCGAGGGAGCCGCGCACCACCAGAGACAGCACAGUGGCCGCGGACGUGGCCGUGGUGGCCAUGGACGCGGGCGUGGCGAUGGAUUUCGGGGACGCGGACGUGGUGAAUUCCGAGGCCACGGUCGCGGUCGUGGACGGGGUGGUGGCCGUGGCCGUGGCGGAGCCAAUGGCAACGGCAACGGCAACGGCAUCCCGAGUGCUGCCCCGGCUGGAAGCCAGUAA